UCCGGGCAAGCACUGCUCGAGUAGGUGGCAUCGUGGUGGUGGUGGUGGUGGUGGUGUUAGGCGUCGUCCGGGACCGAGGAGAGAAUCCUCCAAGAACCGCCAUCGAGUACCGCCGCCGCCGCCGUUAUCGUUGUCGUCGUCGUGGUCUUCGUGUUUGAUCGUCAACGUCGUGCCGCCGUCGUCGAGGCGUUGCAUCGUUGCGCGCUCGGUAAAAGCCUAGUCCCGAGGAAAGGAGUAAACAGCCUCCCUCGUCUCUCUCGCGCUGCAUGUCGAGAGAGUAAAACGAAGCGAGACAAAGUAUCAUCCCGACUGCUGUUAUCAGUUGCCGGUUGUUAUCGAAGCGAAAAGGGAGAGGACGCGCCUACCGUCGUGCGGCGCGCGAAGUACGCGUCAAGCUGAACCUCACCGAGUCGAGCCUCGUCGACAAGGUAGAGGAGGAGGAGGAGGAGGAGGAGAAGAAGGUGGAGGAGGAGAUGGAGGUAUAGUAGAAGAGGGAAGAGGCGGCGGCGGCGAGAGCUUGUCACUUCGAUCGCCAUUUUAGCGCCGAGGAACGGUCGCGCGUCGUGCAGGAUAUACAUCGAGCUGAUGCGUGCGUGUCGGCGACGCGACGCGAUAAACGUCGUCGCCGGUAAGUCUCAUAGCUCGUGCCGUUCUUCUCAUCGCUGAGCACUCGUGAGUGCAUUCGCGGUUCUCCCUCUUUCAUUAGCAGUAGCAGAGAGAGAGAGAGAAUGUAUGUAUGUAUGUAUGUGAGAUAGAUAGAAAGAAAGAAAGACAGUGUGUGUGUGUGAAACUAAAAAAAGCAUAGGUAAUGUGCUUCUUAUGAGAUGCCCAUUGUGACAAUAUUUCCUUUCUUGAAUGUCGUUAGCGCAUUUUUACUAAAAGAAGUUAAGUCUUAAAUCGACGAUACAUCCGUCUAUUCGACGGAUAAAUACAUUUCUCCUGGGAUGCAGUUAACUUGGCGCUUUAAAGUAUCCUAGUAACAUGCGCGACAUCUCGUUAAUACGAGCGUCAUUAGCGUCAUUACAACCGAACUGCGCUUUAAGCAUUUCGGAGCACUUGUAGCGUCAAGCGAGCUGCACCGUGAAUAUGGGAUGGGCGAUUUUUCUUCUCAGAUACAACCGGAAAGCGUAACUUACUAAUUCUCAAUUUUAUCGAAGUCGUUUUUUGUGAGAGCAACGUCGCGUGCUUCGGCACGUAAGCUUUCUAGGUCGUUGCGUGUUGCACGUCGCGAUAGCGAACAUACCUCGAAGUGCAGUUGUAAAUCCGAGUAAUCGCGGAUCAUUAGUGGCGCCGCGACUUACGUAGUCUCCCACCGGCAGCGCAGCGUAGCGUCGCGUCGCGUCACGUACGUGAAUCUGCGUGUUCGAAUUCGAAUUCGUGCAUCUCGCGACGGUGAUUGCGCGUUCUCGGAGCGUCCGGUGAUCGUACGUUCGGCUAAUCGCGGAUCGGCCGUGUUAUUAGGUGUCGUGUUACAUAUCUCGUCGCGUCAUUACGCGUAUUAUAACGUCAGGGGACGAUUUCGUUUGUAUGGUGCUCGUAACGACCUUACAAGAUGGUGUCGAUAAUCUAUUGUAAAUGGCGGUACGAUUUUCGUAGUCUCGUCGGGCGCAUUAAAACACAGACGUGCUUCUCGUUCUCGCGCGGGAGUGAACGAACGGGCGACAUUCGCGGUGUCAAACGGGCGCGCGUAGGUGACACGAAGUCGCGCGAUGGAGGAGUGUUGAGUGAAGGAGAAGAACGGAAGGAGCGGGUACGUGGAAAAAACGUCGUCCGGACAAGCGCGUGAGACGAAGCUGAUAUGUGAAAAAGAAGGUAGGCAAGACAAAGAGAGUAAACGAUCGAACGACAAAGAACGAUAGAGCACGACACUGUGUGUGCGUAUGUGUAUGUAUGUAUGUAUGUGUGGUGUGGGAGAAAGGAAAGAAAGCGAACGAAUGGGCUAGAGAAAAGAAACAAAACGAAUAAACGAACGAGAAAGAGAGAAGUGAAUGAACUAGCGCGAAAACGAGAGAGAAAGCGACCGAGCGAGUGAGUCAGAGUGUAGGAAAGAAGGGGAGAAAGGCAGAGAGAAAGAGAGAGAGAGGGAGGGAGGGAGGCAAGCAGGCGAGAGUGAGUAAGAAAGAAACUCGGCGCCAUACUGGCUCCCCGCGGUUCCGCGACACGCACGCCGGCCGGCCGGCUAGCGACGCAGUUCGCAAUUCCGCGAGUCCGGACGUUCGCCAAUCGAGCGUUUCUAUCGAAAAAAGCAGCGGAAAAAAGUACAUAAAACGCGCUCUGAUCGAUCGCACUCGUACGCUCUUCUUUUAGAUGCCGAAGCGGCGACACCUGCUCUUGCGCCGCAUCGCCUCUACCACGCAGCCGAUCGCGGUUUAUCCUCAGAACAGAGACGGUCGUUCUCCCGCCGGAGAAAUCCCCGCGAUCUGCCCCCUGCGGCGCGCGUAAAGGGCGAGCGGAACAGACGACGAACGUGUGUAUACGCAGCCGAGCCGAAUCGGAAUUAAUCGAAGGGACACGCGCGCGCGAGAUGAUUCCGCGCGGCUGAAGGUCAGUGAGAGUGCGAACAAGGCGGGCAAACACAACGAACUGGUAAACAGAGUGAGACGGACACGCACGAGCGUAUAAGCACGUACCAAGACGUAAAGAACGCGGCUCAUCAUUGAAGAGCAACGCCGGCGAUAACAACGCACUGCAAGAUUCUCUUUCGCGCAGCAGAACAGGACCGUGGUCGACUCGUGAUGUCGGAGGUAUCGCCGGCCUCGUGGUGAUCAAGUGCUUCGCCGCAGAGUGCGUCUAAUACGAGGUCGAGUACGCGCCGCGGGAUCGGGGAGUACGAUCACGAGUGCGCGGCGAUCGGGGAGUCACGAGGCGACCCGGUAUAUAACGAUAUAAUAGCAAGCCCUGUGGCGGCUGUGUGAGUGUGUGUACUCGCGUCGGAGCACGAGGAACGUCGUCGAGAACGUCGGGGGGUCCCGAGUGACGUCGGGGGGGCGCGUGCAGAACUGACUUUGCCCCCCCACCCCAUCCCUGUACUCCAGCAUCUCGAAGGAUCGCUCAUCGGUUUUGCAACGUUGCGGUUUAGGCCUGGGCGAAACUCGAGGAAGAGGAGACCGCCUCCGCCAGGAUCGUCGGGUAGCGCGGAGGAGGAGGGGGAGGAGGAGGUGGUGGUGGUGGAGGAGGAAGGCGCGACGGAGUCCGUAGCGCGGAAGUAGAGUAGGCAAUGUCAGUCUUCCCGGCAGCGACGACGGGGACGGCAACAACUACAAUAAGAACAGCAGCAGCAGAAACAGCAACAACAAGGACGACGAUGAGGACGACGCGGUCGGCGUCUCAGCCGCGCCGACGUAGCUGGUGGUAUCGUGCACUGCUACUGUGCCCGAGCCUGACGCUGCUUCUGUUGUCGACACUGCCGUUACCAACAGCGCGCGCCUUGCCGGCCGACAUAGUGCAGAAGUUCCACGACUCCGAGGUGGAGCGUAUGAAUCACCUGGUGGUGGAUAAGAACACCGGCCGGGUGUACGUGGGCGCGGUGAAUCGACUCUACCAGCUGUCGCCGGACUUACUGUUGGUCGUGAAGGAGGUGACCGGGCCGAAAGGCGACUCCACAGCGUGCUCGAUGCUGGAUUGCCCUCGCGAGGCGCAGAAGCGGCCGGUCGACAACGUGAACAAGGCCUUGGUGAUCGACUAUACCACUACGCGGCUGAUAUCUUGCGGCAGCCUCUUCCAGGGCAUGUGCACGGUGCGUAACCUGCACAACAUAUCGGAUGUCGUGCAGGAAGUAAAGGAGGCGGUCGUGGCGAAUAACGCGACCGCAUCAACGGUGGCGUUCAUUGCGCCCGGUCCACCUAAUCCGCCAGUGUCUCAAGUCAUGUAUGUUGGCGUGACCUUCACCGGCAACUCGCCUUAUCGCUCGGAGGUGCCAGCGGUGAGCUCACGCUCUCUCGACAAGGACAAGAUGUUGAACAUCGCCGAAGCGGCGGUUACUACCGGCACGAGGAUGUAUGUAAACUCGUUGUCGCGCGAACGCUACCCUAUCAAUUACAUUUACGGCUUCAGCAGCGGCGGCUUCAGUUACUUCCUCACCACGCAGAUGAAGAACACAGAGACGCCGAUUUACCUGUCGAAGCUGGUGCGCGUGUGCCAAGACGACGAGCAUUAUUACUCGUACACGGAGAUACCAAUCAACUGUACCAGCGACGAGAGGAUCUACAAUCUGGUGCAGGCAGCCUAUGUUGGUAAGGCCGGCUCAGUGCUCGCCGGCGACCUCGGAAUCACCGCGCAGGACGACGUGCUGUUCGCCGUGUUCGCCGAGAGCGACGGGCCCAACAGCGACGUGCCGCGUCCGCACUCAGCCCUCUGUGUCUACUCCCUCAAGGCGAUCCGUCGGAAGUUCAUGAGCAACAUACAGAAGUGCUUCAGUGGCGAGGGACAACGGGGUCUGGAAUUUAUCUCGCCGAGUCACAAAUGCAUAUCAACGAAGCUGCAAACGAUCGGCGAGGAUUUCUGCGGUCUCGACGUGAACACGCCCCUAGGGGGCGAGGAACCGAUGGGUGCAACUUCAGUCCUGACGUUCGAGACUCAUUUAACGGCAGUGGCAGCCACUUCGACCGGCGACUACACCGUCGUCUUCGUAGGCACCAAUAAAGGACACCUCAAGAAGGUGGUCGUGGAGAGUUCGACAUUGGCGUUGGAAUACGGCGAUCUCGAGAUCGACCCUGGCUCCCCGGUGAACCCGGAUCUACUAUUCGAUUCGCAGCUGAUGCAUCUCUAUGUACUGACGGAAAAGAAGGUCUCGAAGGUCAAGGUGCAGGAGUGCUCGGUCUACAAGACCUGCUGGGACUGCCUGGGCGCAAAAGACCCGUACUGCGGCUGGUGCUCGUUAGAGAACAAAUGCAACCUGCGCAGCGACUGUCAGGACGCGGCCAAGGACCCGCUCUAUUGGAUCUCCUACAAGAGUGGUCGAUGCACGACGAUCACCACCGUCACCCCGGAUCAACUACAGCGCACUACCGCCAGGACCCUCGAGCUCGUGAUCGAGAACCUGCCGACCCUGUCGGGCCAGUUCCUAUGCGCUUUCUCCGCCCUCGACAAGACCCUGAUCACGAACGCCUCGAGAAAGUCUUACGGCGUCAAUUGCACCACACCGAGAACCGACCUGUUGCCGCCGAUACCGCCGGGCCGGCAUCACUUCACGGCGAAGCUGUCCGUGAGGAUGACCAACGGACCUGAUCUAGUGGCGACCAACUUUACGUUCUUCGACUGCAACACGUAUAGCUCGUGCACACAGUGCGUGUCGUCGAGUUUCCCGUGUGACUGGUGCGUCGACGGUCAUCGAUGUACUCACGAUACGGCGGAGAACUGUCGGAACGAUAUCCUCGUUACAGGAGUCAGUAGAAUGGGACCAAGCUAUAGAAGUGGGCCAGGUUUUUGUCCCACUAUAAAUGCCACCGAUUCUCAAGAGAUCCUCGUGUCUUCCGGUAUCAAAAAGGCGAUACGAGUUAAAGUGCAUAUCAUUGGGCAAUUCAUCAUACAAACGCGCUUCGUGUGUCAAUUCAACAUCGAAGGUCGUGUGACGAGCGUGAACGCUCGCCUUUUGGCCGAUACGAUCUAUUGCGACGACACUGAAUUCUCCUACACCUCUCGUGCACCAAACAUCACGGUGCCCUUCGCUGUGAUCUGGGGCGGCUCCAAACCCUUGGAUAAUCCGGACAACAUACACCUGGUGAUAUACAGAUGUCGCGACAUGGCGGACAACUGCGGCAUGUGUCUGGCUCUGCCGACGAAGUACGGCUGCGGCUGGUGUCAAACCUCGGACAGAUGUGAAGUGAGAGAUCAGUGCGACCGCGGCGUUGGCAAUUGGCUGAAUAGCAAUUCCACCUGUCCAAAUCCAGAGAUACACGCGUUCGAGCCUAUAAUGGGCCCUUGGGAAGGCAACACUAACAUCACGAUACGUGGUAUCAAUCUUGGCAAGACCUUCAAGGACAUAGCCGGAGGCGUCACUGUGGCCGGAAUGCGAUGUCUGCCCUAUGAGGAGCUCUACAUACGAACCAAGCAGAUUGUUUGUCGAGUUGACGGACCUGGGACGCAGGAAGGCAGAAGCGGUCCUGUCAUCGUCAAGAUUGAAGAUUUCCGCGGAGAAUCUGACUAUAACUUUGAGUUCGUAGAUCCGCAGAUCGUCUCGAUAUCGCCCAAGUAUGGACCCCUGAGUGGAGGGACUACCAUCAAGAUCACUGGCAAUUACAUGAACGCUGGCAGCACUAUCCAUGCCGACAUCGACGACCUGCCCUGCUCCAUAAUAAGUGCCGAACCUAACGAGGCUUUGUGCAUGACGAGUCCGAGUGAUCGGAAACGCAGCGGUAUGCUGAAGAUGUCCUUUGACGGCGGCAAGCGUCUUUACGAUGGUUUCUUUGAGUACGUGGACGAUCCCACGAUAGAGAGCGUGGAGAGUGGCGUGGCCGGUCAGAUGAAAGUACCGAAGGGAAUCCCGGCAGGCGGAAUAAAAAUCUCUGUAACUGGCAAGAAUCUCGGCUAUAUUCAGAGCCCGCAGAUGUACGUCUACUUCGACGAGAAGAUGUUCGUAUCGCAGUGCGAGGUGCACAGCCAAGAGAGUAUGGUGUGCAAAUCGCCGACGAUUGAAGUGCCCGAUCAUAUACCACUGGACGCUGAGAAGCCGCUUUCUCUGGAAUACGGCUUUCGUAUGGACAAUGUCACCGGUGUGCAAAACCUCUCGCAGCAUGGCUUCAAUCAAUUUCUCCUCUACCCGAACCCGAUCUACGAGGUGUUCGACGAGGAGAUCAAGUAUUAUAAGAGCGACUACCUAACGAUUAACGGUCAGCAUCUCGAUCGCGCCUGCCAAGAGUCCGAUGUAGUCGUGCAGAUAGGUAACGCCUUUUGCAACGUCACGUCGUUAUCGCGACAGCAGCUCACUUGCCGGCCGCCUUUGACACAGCCACCGGCACUCGACUCCCAGGGUCUGCCGAAUAAGCAGGAACUGCCGGAGGUGAUAUUGAUAGUGGGCGGUACUCUGCGUUACAACAUCGGCAAACUGAGCUACGCAUUGCCGGCCGGACUCAACGGGCCAUUGUCGAAGCCCGCGCUCAUUGGUGUGAUCGCCACCAUAGUGGUACUGAUCUUUAUAUUCAUUGCAUUCCUGAUAGCUUACCGCAGAAAAUCCACCGAAAGCAACAGAGUGCUGAAGAAUAUGCAAGAGCAGAUGGAUAUUUUGGAGUUGCGGGUCGCAGCUGAGUGUAAGGAAGCCUUCGCCGAGUUACAGACGGAAAUGACGGAUCUCACGGGCGACUUGACCAGUGGUGGUAUACCGUUCCUCGAUUAUCGUGCUUAUGCGAUGAUGAUAUUGUUCCCCAGUGAUGACAACAGUCCGGUGCUGCAGUGGGACAGGCCGGAGUUGGUGCGAAAGGAGAAAGGUCUGCGUCUUUUCGGACAGCUUAUAAUGAACAAGACUUUCUUGUUGCUGUUCGUACGCACACUCGAGAGCAAUCGUUACUUUUCCAUGAGAGAUCGCGUUAACGUCGCCAGUCUCAUUAUGGUCACACUUCAGAGUAAAAUGGAGUAUUGCACAGAUAUUCUGAAAACUCUGCUAGCGGAUCUCAUCGAGAAGUGCACAGAGGGCAAGAGUCAUCCGAAAUUAUUCCUUAGACGAACCGAAAGUGUAGCUGAGAAGAUGCUAUCUGCUUGGUUCACAUUUCUCUUGUACAAGUUCAUGAGAGAGUGUGCUGGUGAACCAUUGUACGUGCUGUUUCGCGCAGUGAAACAGCAAGUUGAUAAGGGUCCCGUAGACGCGAUUACAUCGGAGGCACGGUAUUCUUUAUCAGAGGAGAAAUUGAUCAGGCAAUCUAUAGAUUUUAAACCUAUGACGGUCUACGUCUCGAUAUCGCAACAAACCGUAUUCGUUGGCGGGAUGGAUCCUAACACGGAAAAUGUGCCGGUCAAAGUCCUCGAUUGUGACACGAUAUCUCAGGUGAAAGAGAAAGCGUUGGACACGAUUUACAGAGCAACUCCUUACAGCCAAAGACCACGAAAGGACGACCUCGAUCUUGAAUGGCGAACUGGUGCAUCCGGUAGAUUAAUUCUCUACGACGAAGACUCGACAACGAAAACGGAGGGCGAAUGGAAAAAGAGGAACACUUUGAAUCACUACAGGGUACCAGACGCAGCGUCGCUCAACUUAGUCUCCAAACAAUCUUCUAUAUAUAAUCUCUCGAUCCUGUCGGAGAAGACGGACAAAUCGCACAAGUACGAGACUUUAAACCUCAGUAAGUUUAGUUCGGCCAGUCCUCCGCUCUCCCGUGCCACCUCGCCGCUCAAUCAGAACCACGACGGUGGUAUGAAGGUCUGGCAUCUGGUCAAGCAUCAUGACUCUGAUGCACGAAAGGAAGGUGACCGCGGUAACAAGAUGGUCUCGGAGAUCUAUCUGACAAGGUUACUAGCAACGAAGGGUACGCUCCAGAAGUUUGUCGACGAUCUAUUCGAGACCAUAUUCAGCACUGCCCACCGCGGCUCGGCGCUUCCUCUCGCUAUUAAAUAUAUGUUUGACUUUAUGGACGACCAAGCGUUGCAACACGGCAUAUCCGAUCCCGAGGUGGUCCACACGUGGAAGAGCAAUUCCCUCCCGCUUAGGUUUUGGGUCAACCUCAUAAAAAAUCCGAACUUCAUUUUCGACAUACACAAGUCCAAUAUUGUGGAUUCGUGUCUGUCCGUCGUAGCGCAGACAUUCAUGGACAGCUGCUCAACGUCGGACCAUAGAUUAGGUAAAGACUCCCCGAGUUCGAAACUGUUAUACGCGAAAGACAUUCCAGUGUACAAAGAGUGGGUAGAGCGUUACUACUCAGAUAUCAAAGUCAUGCCAGCCAUAUCCGAUCAAGACAUGAAUGCCAUGCUUGCAGAAGAAUCGAGGUUGCACACAACGGAGUUUAAUACGAACUGUGCUUUAUACGAACUAUAUACGUACGCGGGUAAAUACAACGAACAACUGAUAGUCACUCUCGAGGAGGAUGAGUUCUCGCAGAAGCAGAGACUGGCGUAUAAACUCGAGCAAGUGCACAAUAUAAUGGCGGCGGACAACCCCUGAUGCACUAUGAAUUCCAUGAAGCACCCGACGAAGCCUGCUCGUCAAGAAUUACCUUGCUGAGCGGUCGAUCACGGUUCGGUAUUCUCGACGGCGCGAACCGAAGGGAACUGACUGGCCUACCUUGUAAUCGAUUGUCUCAGGUUCCGUGCAAACAAGCCAGUUUUCGCCAACUUAACGCGAAUCGCGCGAGUGAACUUUUGGGAGGACCCGCAUGGUGUACACCUCACGGGUACAUGCCGCGAGUUAACUAGGAAGUUAAUUAAAGGAUUAAGUGUUAAAAAGAAAAAAAAAAAGAUAUGUGUCGAGGAAGUCUUCUCAGAGGUCGCCGGUUCGUAAG